AUGCCUAGUCAGAGCGUCGUCGAGUUAGCCAUCAUAGGCUCCAUCGCCACCAAACCGGUCUGGGAAGGCCUACUCAAAAGGUUUCCGGCCCUGACGACAUUCACCUACACAUUUGACCUGAGUGAUACGUGGACUGACUGGGGCAUGAUGGGGGAUGCUCUACUGCUCACUGAAGUCGUUGAGAUGCUGGAAGAGCACCAACCUAAUCUUCGUAAUCUUACGCUGGUGUGGGAUCACAGCACUUUCGGCUUGGAUUGGACCUUGGAAUAUACCGAGAUGCUCGAGAUGCCGUAUGUUCUGAGCCUUCGCGGCUUGGCCAACUUGGAGCGAGUUCACUUGUAUGCUGAUGGUCAUAUUCUAGCGCCUUUGGCCUCGGAAGACGAAUGGGUGUCGUUUUUCCCGCCGCUCGUGCAUACUAUUGAACUGAUGGAGGGGCGCCCAUCUACGUUUGAUGUGUUUCCGCUAGCGAGAGCAGCGCACCGGUUUCCAAGCCUCAAGACAGUCAAGUAUGAUGGCGCCAUUUACAAAAGAGAGAGUCUCCGGUUACAAAGGGAAUUUGAGGCAAAGGGGAUCAAGCUUGUAUAUAUGCCAAAUAACCUGUUGAUCGGACCCGAGCUGGAGUCGGAGUUGGAGUCGGAGUCGGAGUUGUAG